AAAAAGUAGUCCUGUUUCAAAACACGUUUCGCUUUCAGUUUGCCGCACGGAUUUGACCAACAGCGAGCACUUUUACGUUCUUUUAUUGAACAUAAAACCAUCUAACCUACAAAUAAGCUAAACCCAGGCGUUCUCCGUGUAGUUUGAACAGCCCCUUCGUCUCCCUCUUCCUGCGCGCAUUGAUCGGUUUUGUGCUGCGGUCGUGGUGAAUGAGAUUGAAGAAGAGUUCUUCUUGUUUUGUAUCUCAGUUUCUCUCUUCUUUUUUUUUUAAAUAAAUAAUAAAAAAAGAGAAACGCACAAAUUAAAUUCUAGCAAACAAAAAAAAUAAGAUCGGAUCCAUCCGAGUAAAUCCAUGCUUGGUGUACGGCUACAGUUAUGUAAGGGAUCGUUUCGGAGAUUGUUUUUUUUUUUUUUUUUGUGCCGAGAUAUUUGGGGGGGGGUGUUUGUAAAUAUUUAUUUAAAUAAUUUGUCAGGAGGACUACCGCUCAAGUGAAGAGUGCUGGGGAGUUGGAGAGUGAGUGGACACCAGUCUCAUUGCCAGCUGGCUGAAAAAUUUCUGGGACUGACUCGCUGGCGAACUGGACCGAUGAUGGAAUUACAAACGUUACAGGAGGCCCUGAAAGUGGAAAUACAAGUCCAUCAGAAACUGGUUGCCCAAAUGAAGCAGGACCCACAGAAUGCUGAUCUGAAGAAGCAGCUUCACGAACUUCAGGCCAAGAUCACUGCUCUGAGUGAGAAGCAGAAAAAGGUAGUGGAACAGUUGAGGAAGGAGCUGUUGGUGAAGCAGGAGCCGGAGCUGAAGCUGCAGACGGUGCAGGCAUCGGCGGGCGGUAAAGCCAUGAUACUGUCACCGUCCUGUCAGCCUCAACAGCAGCCCACAGGACCUCCUCACAACAAGGCAGCUCCACAGAAGACUCUGCAAGUCACGCCGGUCCUCACCACGAAGACUCUACCUCUAGUACUGAAAGCUGCCGCCUCCACCAUGCCUGGUUCCAUGACAACACCACGCCCCACAGUUGCCAUGGUCACUGCCAUCAGCAAUCCCCCCAGGCCUGCCUUGACCCCUGACUCUCGCAACGCACCAGUGAACCUUCAGCUGUCGAGCAAACUGACGGGUCAGGACACCGAGGCCGCGUCGCGAGUCGUUCCGAAGAACGUUAUCGUAGUGCAGGCCAGCACCACCUCGGCUCAGCCUAUCAAAGUUCCCCAGUUUGUCCCUCCUCCUAGACUGACGCCUCGACCCACCUUUCUACCACAGGUGCGCCCGAAACCUGCUACUCCCAAUAACGUACCCAUCGCCCCUGCGCCUCCUCCUCCCAUGAUGGCUGCCCCACAGUUGCUCCAGAGGCCAGUCAUGCUUACUACCAAGUUAACGUCAGCUCUAUCCACCUCGUCAGGCCCUAUCCACCAAGUUCGCAUCGUCAACGGCCAGCCCUGCAUCCCCAAAACUGGCCCUUCUACAGGAGCCAGCACAGGCCAAGUGACGGGCAUCGUUAUCAGUGGGCCGAUGCAGACGCUGCAGAUCAGCAGCUUAAACGCAGACAUAAAGACUGUGAAAUCUCAGGGGGCUUCAGAGCAGGUGUUCACAAGCACCCCUUCUUCAACGUCUCCUCCUCUUUUUCCACCUAAAGUUAAACGAGAGGAGAAUCCACAGAAACUUGCCUUCAUGGUAUCUCUUGGGUUGGUCACACACGACCAUCUAGAAGAGAUCCAGAGCCGAAGGCAGGAACGGAAAAGGAGAACAACAGCCAAUCCUGUGUAUAGCGGAGCAGUAUUUGAGCCAGAGAGGAAAAAGAGUGCUGUCACCUAUCUGAACACUCCCCUCCAUCAAGGAACGAGGAAGAGAGGUCGCCCACCCAAAUACAGCAGCAGUGCAUCAGGGCCAGAGCUGGGCUGCCACCCCCUGCUCUCCCCAUCCAGCAGUCACCCCGCCUCCCCAGCCGCCGAGCGGCCUGAACUAGGGGGCUUCCCCCUCCCCGUCCACCCCCACUCUCUCCCUCAGCCCAGCCCCAGCUCCGGGGAUGGAGACAUCCAUGAGGAUUUCUGCACUGUGUGCAGACGUAGUGGCCAGUUGCUCAUGUGCGACACGUGCUCACGCGUCUACCACCUCGACUGCCUGGACCCGCCCCUCAAAAAUAUUCCUAAAGGCAUGUGGAUCUGUCCCAAAUGUAAAGACCAGAUACUGAAAAAAGAGGAGGCCCUUCCGUGGCCCGGGACCCUGGCGAUUGUACAUUCCUACAUCGCGUAUAAAGAAGCAAAAGAAGAAGAAAAGCAGAAACUGAUGAAGUGGAGUGCCGAGCUCAAACUAGAGCGAGAGCAACUGGAACAAAGAGUCAAGCAGCUGAGCAACUCUAUAACGAAAUGCAUGGAGACCAAGAACAGCACCCUGGCCCGGCAGAAGGAAAUGCAGGCCUCGCUGGAGAAAGUGAAACACUUGGUGCGCCUCAUCCACAGCUUUAACCUCUCUCAGACUGUAGAGAUCAGCGCAACCCAGGAGGACAACCCCGAGGACAAGACCGACUGCUCCCAAGAGCCCAAGGGUACAGUACAUUCAUGUGCCAAGCCCUCAGGGUCCGAGCAGAACCCUGCCCAAGUUGGUGCGCAGGUCCCUGCCGCCGGCACGGUGCCCAAGGUGCAGGCUGAGCCUGAGGUGGGCGAGAUGGCCGACUCAGCCGCCGCCGUCACUCCGGAGGCAGAGCCGAAAGAAUCGGGAGUCACCCAGGCCAGUAACACAGCAGUCAGAGACAACAUGGACACAGUGAAGACUGCGAAGCCGAUGGAGGUCACAGAGGUCAAAGAGAACGGCGGAACGGACUCUCAGAGCUCUGAAGAGGUGAGAGAGAGUCCUAUGGACGUAACAAACUCUGAAAAUACAACUCCCAAUGUCAGCGAAGAGGCGGUCAGUAUGGACAUAGAGGAACUGGACCACAGCAAGAAUGCCAACAAUGGCAAAAUCUUAGAACCCUCGCAGCAGCUUUUACCAGUGGCACUCGACAUCUCCAAAUGAGUCUUAUCCCAGUCGACUCAACUAAGUAUACCUCUCCUUCUCCCAAACAUUGAAAAACAACUUUUAUUGCAUCUAGCACCGGUGCACCAAGUUGCCAAUCUAUACAUACUAUACAUAUAUAUGUGCAUUUGAUUAUUUAUUUAUUUUUCCCAGUGUAAGGUGAGACCGUCAACAGUGCUUCUACAUCCAAGGCGAAUUAGUCACGGUUCACGUUCAUCUCAACGAAUACGCCCAACAAAGGUUGUAGAAAGGUGCUUAUAAUACAGUGUCAUACCGAUUAGUGGACCGUUUGGUUUAAAAAACAAAAAACAAAAAAAUACAAACGAAGACAAGACCGAAUAUUAAAUUAAUAACGAAGGAGGAGGAUAACUGAAUAUAUCUCAUCACACCAGUGUGUGCCUGCAACAGUUGCCCUUGAAACUCAUGGGGAUUGUUUAAGUUGUCUUAGUUUCCUUUUCUCUGGGAAGAGGGUGGCAGGUCACACGUGUCCAAAGACUGCAUGCUCUGUCCACCCUCGUCGUGUCCCCCCAGCCAGGUCUGAGAGGACCCUUCCUAAACCAAAAGCUUCUUGUUCUGAGCUGGACAAGUUGCGUCAGUAUUCGCCAGCGGCAGGAAGCGCAGAGGCUUCUGAAGUCAUAGGACUGAAUCAGGACUGCAAAAUGCCGAUCUCUCCAUCCCGUUUUCGUUUCAUACGAGCUGUUGAACGUGAAUGAUAUGGCUUAAAAGAAAAGGAAAAAAAAAAAAGAAGAAGAAGAAGACGACCCUUAUCGAGUACGCCUCAGAACAGAAUAACGUCUGGCGUGACGGAACGCAACCGCAUCUCUUUAAAAGCGGCGUCUGACGACUACGAAAAAGAUGCUGUGCUUCUCUAGUGAGUCUUUACUGCACCCGUGUGUGAAAUGUUGCAGGCUCACCGUGUUGAGGAGGGGGGGGGGGAACAGAAAGGUGUCCGUGUCUGAGGAGUAUUUUUGUCUUUUUGUUAAUAGCAAAAUGUAUUCAGGUCUUCCUAGUCUCCACACAAAAAAAAAAAUAAGUGCUUUUCUGUUUCUUAAAACAGUAAUAGGUGUUAAAACGGCAUCGUUUAUGCAAGGAGCUUUUUGUUGCAAGCAGAAGGGUAUUGCAUAAUGAGUGUUUUUAUUAUUUUUUUAUUAUUCUAAACUGCCAAAUGUUGUUUUUGUUUUUUUUUUAAAAUUCCCUUUCCCUACAUCAAGAAUAAUGGAUGUUAGCGUAUUUUAUGUCUAGUCUAGAAAAGAGUACAUCACGUUACCACUCCUUCCUUCCUUCCUUCCUUCCUUCCUUCCUUCCUUCCCCUGAAUCAUCCUGUGUGGUAAACAUACAUAAACAACAAUAAUGCUGUCUUAAUAAUAACGACAGUGACGACAGCAAUAAUUUGCUGUCUUAAACUUGAGGGGUUGAUGUUCGAGCCAAAUUUGAGUAAUAAGACAAAGAUGGGAAAACCCUGGUUUUAAAGCACAAGCUUAUUUAAAAUAACUCGAGCAAACGCCCUGACUUACAUUCAUUUACAUUUAUUCACUCAGCAGACGCUUUUAUCCAAAGCGACUUACAAAUGAGAAAGAUACAAGCAAAGCGAUAUCAAGCAGAGAACAAUACAGGAAGUGCUACCAUACGAGAUCUAUUAAUUGAAUUCCAGAAGAAGCAAAGUGCAGAGUAGAGGUGUAAGUGCAAUUUUUUAUUUUUUAAAAAAAUUUUUUUAUUAUUAUUAUUAUUAUGAGUUGGUUAGGUGUUCAUAGAAGAGGCGGGUCUUUAGCUGUUUUUUGAAGAUGGUGAGAGAUUCUGCGGUCCGGAUUGAGAUUGGAAGUGCAUUCCACCACUGAGGAACAGUUAGUGUGAAGGUUCUGGAAAGGGACCUUGCGCCACGCAGAGUUGGAACUGCUAAACGUCGGUCGCUAAUCGACUUGUCGGAAAGACUUCGAGUAAAGCAAACGCCUAAGAGAGCGAAUCAUGCCUAUUUGUUAAUUAGCUUGCCAACAUGUUUUUUGUUCCAAGGAUGUGUAAUGAAGCCGUGCUGCUUACUUACCUGCGAGCGGAGGCAUCUUCUGCCACUUCGUACCAGUUCAUUUUUUUUUUUUUUUUUUUCCCCACCUUCCCUAAGACCAAAACGUCAGAUGCACGUUUGCCCAGUUACCUCUUCUACAUCGACACUCUUUCUCUCACAUUCGUUUGUACAUUGCACCGGGGUAAACCAUGUCUUAACGGUACUGCACAGCUGGCACCUCGAACACGUUUACAUCGCCUCGUUCCAAAUUGACAUAUCUUCGUCUGUACCACGUUGACAGGUCGUUACUCUAUUACUGAACAAUAAAUAUCAAACUCUUCGUUAUACCAUGUAAAUGAUCUUAUUGCACAAUUACUGCAGGGCAAAACAAACAGGCCUCGUGAUUUCAGACUGUUUCACUAAAGAUGUAACCAAACUAACAUGGCGUACUUUUGUAUUAGGAGGUAGAUAGACAAAAUAAAUCGAUGAAUAAAUUCUCCAGUCGACGUCAUUGCUUUCGUGGGAAGCAUGAAACUCGAAUCGGCUCUCGGCAUUCCUUAAUAUUUCUGUUACUGAGCUAGGACUAGCAAGCAGGAUGAUCAUUUGUCAUAUCUUGGCUGUUGUUGUUGUUGUUGUUCUUAUUAUUAUCUAAAAAUUAAAUAACCUGAAAGGACAUUUUAUGGCCUUCUGAAACCCCUCACUGUCUAGUGCAUCAUGAAGAUGAGAGGGUUUUCACUUUAAACACCUCCAUUCCCUUCCUGUACAGGUGCCCUCGAGUGCCUUUAUUACAUUAUCUCCCACUAUACUUCCUGUCCCGCGUUAGACCCUUCCCUCUCUCUCUCUCUCUCUCUCUCCCUCUCGAGAGAGGGAUCUGCCCUUCCCUCUCUCUCUCGAACCCUUUGCGUGUCACGUCCUUAAAGCAGAAGCACAGCCGUAAGUUGUUGGGCAAAAGUAAAAUCGGGUGUAAUAACGUGGUGUUAAUUGCGUGAGUGUCUGGUUUUUCUCUGGCUGUCCGUGGUCGACGUAGAUGUUUCUCUCUCUCACACACACACACACACACACACACAUACACACACACACACACACACACCCCUUUUAAAAUGGAAGCAUAAACAGCUUAAUGUUCAGGUUAAGGAGUUGCCUUAAUAGGUGUUCUUAGGUUUUGUUAAACACCCAUAACAAUAGUGUAUCAUAGUAAUUGCACAAGUUUAAAAAAAAAAAAAAAUGUCUGUAAAGAAAACAAGAUUCUUCUAUUGUGGGGAAAAUGAGUUAUUUUGGUUUAGCGGUCAAUUCUGACUUGUGUGAGUAUGAUCAUUUUUAUCGGACAGACGUAAGUAGGGAUUAUUUUUUAAAUCUAUUGUUUAUGCACUUUCAGCAGUGAUACCAUUAGUAUUAAAGGUACACCAAGGAAAAGUUUUAGUCAGUCGGAUUAGUAUACCAAUAGAAUAGGAUAUAAUCUCCCAAGCCUUUCCCUUCUCACCUCUUCCCAUACGUCCUGCUAUUAUGUAGGACAGCCUCUUCGUUGAGGUUCAUCGAGUACGUUUCUUUUCACAAGCUGGGACCGUUUUGUUAUCUCUUUAUUAACACAUUAAUACACCUGAUUCUGUUUCUACUCCAGAAGUAAACAACGUUUUUCAGGCGUUCAGAAUUCAAGCCUAGGCUUCGGCAGAUUAGGAACGAUCAAAGAACGCCUGCUAGCUGACCGCAUCGACUUUUACAAAACCACCGGAACACCAGCCGACCACUCCGUUCAAUAGCAAACGCCGCUCUCUUAUGCAAGGUUUUAUUUUUAUUAUUAUUAUUAUUAUUAUUAUUAUUAUUAUUUUUUAAACAGACAAGUUUUGAAUAUGCAUUUAGCUUCGAGUUUAAUCCGUCGUGUGUUGUUUUUUUUUUUUUCUUUUUUUUAACGCAGGACUAUUUUGUUGCUUUCCAUCGAACAUUGCUGGCAGCGAGAUUUACAAACAAACAAGCAAACAAAAAACACGGUACACGCAUGCUGUGCGUCUAUAAAAAGCUGUUUUUUUUUCCAUUAUUAUUAUUUUAUCGAUGAACAAAUACACUCUCGUCGUGGCGUUUCCGGUAUCGCUGGGACAUGACGAAGUCGAAUAAUCCAAAAGUCAAACACUGUAACAGUUACACACACAGGAAUCAUCCAUAAUAACGCCACUAAUUUUGUACCUUGUCGCUUGUACUAAUGUGGAGCAUUUCAUCUCAUGAUUCAGUGGACCAUUAUAUUUUUCAUUCCGUAUGUGGACCAUGCUGAAGUAUAGUUAGCUUAGAUUAUUUUAGGAGUGAUGGGUGACCGAAGAAAAUGUCUUACCGGCGUAAUGUCGUGGUGUAAGAGCCCCACAUUCACGUUGUUAUAAUCAGAAUACCCAAAGAGACUGCAAAUGUGCAUUUUGCUAUGUGGAAGCCUUUUUUACGUUUUUAAAUACAUAUCACUGUUGAUUUGUUUACGGCUUACGGCAUUAUGUCGAACGUUCGUUUUGUUUUUUUUUGUUUUUUUUGCAGAUGGUUUGGUUUUUUAGUCAUUCUUCAGUGCACUGUAAUUUGGGGUUUACAAUAUUGGAGACGUGAGAAUGCGGACUACGUUUAUGCAUAUAUGGGAACAUUUGAUUAGAGGUUCAUUCCAGCUGUACAUCUCAUUAACCUGAUAGUUUUUAGCUCAUCCAUAUUCACACACGUGCAUUACAUUCCCUCUGACAUGUUAGUUUUAAGGUUGUUGGUUUUUUUUUUUGUUUGUUUGUUUGUUUUUGUUUUUUCCUUUAUACUCAGUCAUGAUUGUGGCCUUCUAGUAUUGUUGAUGCAUUUCAUUAUACAGUAACUUCCCUGGUAUUGUACACCUCCUUUGUCUACGUGUGGUGUGUGUGUGAGAGAGAGAGAGAGAGAGAGAGAGAGAGUGCGCUUGUGUGCAUCUUUUACCUCAUCUGCAGUCAACUCUUAAAUUGGAGUACUUUUGUUUACGCGUGCAAAAAAAAUAAAAAAAAAAAUUUUAAAAAAAGGAGAAAAAAAAUCUUCCACUAAAGAAACACAAGAUGCAUUGUAGCGAUUUGAGUAAUUACGAAACGUUCACCUGGUGUGCUGAACUAUGUGUAAAUUGUUUAUUACACGAUAUAAAUAUUUGUAAAAUUGUUUGUAUUUUUCAUAAUGGUUUUAAAAAGGAGUGUGUUUAUUUUUAUGAAUUCUUUCUGUUACAGAACUCUUGCUUUGUCUUUUUCGCCUGACAUUGUGAGUGAAUUGGUUGGUUCUCUUACCUCUCUCAUGUAUUUGAGCCUGUGCUGAGUUGUUUGUAUGCAGUGUUUAGAAAUACUGUAGGGAACGUGAGACAAAAUUGAUAUUAGGAGCAAUUGAUCAAUUUGUAUUUAUUUAUUUUAUCAUUUUGUUAAUAAAUUUACCAAGAAACUUGGUCUGCUACAUA